AAGAAAACAAAGAAACAACAAAAACAAAGAAAAUAGAAAUAGAAAAAGGAAGAAAGAAAGGAAAAAAGAAGUGUUCGUACAAAAUCAAAACUUGAAUUCAACGAUAUGAGUGAAAUCAGUGAUUAUAUCGGACAUUUCUCUAAGGUAGAAUAAAUAAUAUAAUACAUUAAUAUGAGGAAUGUGUUACGUUCGUUUAUCUCUUAACUCAAUUGAAAUUUUGGCGUAUUAUGAAAAGAGGGAUGGAAAGAAAUCGAGAGAAAAAGCGAAAGGCAUGCGAAGAGAAAGAAGAGGAACGAAAAUGUAUGAUAUCAAGAUGUCCUCCUUAAUCAUUCGAAAAAUAUCAAUGUGUUUCGAGUGAAUUUUUGGUUUUUUUUUUUUUUUUUUUUUUUGGAAAGAUCACUGACCGUUCGCAAUCACUUCCCUCAACGCCAUCACGAUAAUCGGCACUAUUAUCGCCAUCAAAAAAUAAAAAAAAAAAAAGAAAUAAAUAAAUAAAUAAAUAAAGGAAAGAAGAAAAGGCAAGAACGGAAAAUUGUUAUGAACUUUUGUUUUUCUUUUUUUCUUUUUUUUUUUUUUACUAAUUCUGAUCGAUAUACAUAAAUCGACAUACGUCUUAAAGGAGGUCAAUGAACGCUCAAAAAGUGUACCAUCACUUUCUUCCUUUUUUAUCAACGAAAUACUAUUAAACGAUUAAAUAUCGAAGUUUAAGAAUGCGUAUCAUUCGAGAGACAACGAUUUGAUAUAGAAAUUUAUUUUAUCGAAGACUGCCAUGAUUUAGAAGAUAUAAUAAGAGAUAGAAUCACGAAUAGUGCAGUGGGAUUAUGCGAGUUUUGUGUUUCAAUAAGAAGAAAAUCUUUAAAAGAUUUUACGUGGAAUCAACGAACAAGAGUGCUGUGGAUGAAAGGCUAGGAUGAAAUGAUACAAGUAGUUUGUUUGAAGAAAGAGGACCGGAGGAUACAAAAAUCCUUUGACUAUAGUUUUGAAAUAAAGGAGUCGGACGAUGUGUCCUGGCUCGAGCGUCGACGUAAGGAGACUCAUUUACAGGAACAGAAAGAAAUGAAGUUAUCAGUGUCGGCUUAUAGAGCUCAGGCCAGUGCUCAUAAAAAAAUCCUUUCGAAUUAUCAACAACAACUUAGUUACGGUGCUACCAAUCAAGCAUCCUCGAGCCGGACCCCCUCGGACCCCGCUGCGGUCCUGUCUGGCCUCAAGGUGGAUCGCGCGGAGAAGAAGGAGGGCCAGGGAGUGGGAGAUCCGGCAGGAUCUUUGGCUGGUUGCAGCGGUGCUUCCGGUUCGAGGAUGGGCCCAGGGCCCGAUUCCGGUAGCAGCGCUCCUUCUUCGGUCCCCCAAUCUCUGGCUACGUCACGUGACGAAGAAGACGACGAGGAUAAGGAGAGUAGUGGUAGCCGAACAAAUAGUCACGUUGGACCGCGAUCAUUGGGCUUCUACGAGAGAGAUGCAUCAAUCAGCGAACAUGGAUCCUUCGAGAAGGAGAUAACGAGUCUUCGUGGUACCUCGACGACCUCGGAAUCUUUGGAUAGCACUGGCCUCGAUACGGAAAUACCAGCUGCUGCAAGAAGGCCUCGUAGUACGAGGGGUUCGCAAAAGUGGAGUAACGUACGCGCCGUCAUGGCGCUAUAUUCUUCCCUUCGCAAAAUAAAGAGAACGAAAAGCAAUCAACGUUGGAUGAAACUACGAACAACGGUACAGCUAUCAUCCGCGAUAUCAACGAUCCAAAAGAAGCCGCCAUUAAAACGAGAAGAUUCCUUUUUGAAGAGAUUUUCAACGCGUCAAAUACCAGAGAGUCAAGAGACGGUAGAUACCGGCGAAGGUGAGGGUGACGCGACUGACGAAAAAGAUUCGAGCGGACGACGAAGAAGACGACCUAGAAGGACACAGAAAGCACCAAGAACGGUGGUCAAUCCUGACGAAAAUUUUUAUUACUAUUGGCUGAUGUUACUUUCAUCCUGUGUCCUUUAUAAUCUUUGGACACUUAUUGUCAGACAAAGUUUACCAGAAUUACAAGCAUUGGCGCCGGCUGCUUGGCUUGCCUGCGACGGCUUUACAGAUCUAGUAUUUUUCUUAGACGUUGUCGUACAAUUUCGUACAGGUUAUCUCGAGCAAGGACUUAUGGUCUACAACAACAAAAAAUUAGCUGGACAUUAUCUCAAAUCUAAAUGCUUUAUACUCGAUCUAUUAGCAUUAUUACCGCUCGAUCUAUUACAGUUCAAUCUCGGUAGCAAUCCAAUGUUAAGGUUUCCAAGGUUCCUCAAGAUCUAUCGUGUGUAUAAUUAUUAUUACAUGGUAGAGUCACGUACAGUUUAUCCAAAUUUAUGGCGUGUACUCAAUCUCAUUCAUAUAUUAUUAAUACUCGCACAUUGGUUCGGUUGUUUCUACUAUCUCCUAAGCGAAGCCGAAGGAUUCCAAGGUGAUUGGGUCUAUCCAUACAGACCGGGUGAAUAUGCGACCUUGACCAGGAAAUACCUGGGAUCUCUCUAUUGGUCUACUCUAACUCUGACAACAAUUGGCGAUCUACCCACACCGGAGACCAACGCCGAAGUCCUAGCGGGCGGCAAUCCCCGGAGCCUCGCUCGUCGCGGCCGACUGUCCCGACUUCUGCAGUUCAAGCAUAACGGAGGGUAUUUGUAUCGUUCCUUGAACAAAAAUGAUUGAAAGAAUGAAAGAAAGAAAGAAAGAAAGAAAGAGAAAAAGAACGAAGGGUGUGAAAGUACGAGCGAGAGAAAAUAUACGAAUUCGUUCACGAUAAAUGCGAAAGAUAUUCAAAAUAUAAUCUGAUAAAAUUAUUAACAAUUAUUAUAUAAUAAUAGAAUAUAAAAAUCACUAUGUACCUUUAUAUGUAUGUAUAUUAAUAUACAUACACA